GGAGCCGCUCACCUUUCCGGAGCCAGGGGAUCUGUCUAGAGCCGGGACAGGGAUCCCAGCAGGACGCGGGGCGCGGGGCACGGCGCCCAGCCCCGGGCAGCCCGGCCGCGGCGACCGGGACACGCGCGGUUAGUCCCGCGGGCGGCGCGCCAGGGAGGAGGGAGGUCGCAGGAGGGGCACCGCGGCGCCGGGUUAGCGGAGCAAAGGACCCCACUGCUAGUCUCUGCUGAUCAUGAACAAGAUGAAGAACUUCAAACGCCGGUUCUCCCUGUCGGUGCCCCGCACAGAGACCAUUGAGGAGGCUGAGUUCACCGAGCAGUUCAACCAGCUUCACAACCGGAGGAAUGAGGGCAGUGGGGAGGACACCGGGCAGCUGUCCCCUGGCAUGCAGUACCAACGACGACAGAACCAGCGCCGUUUUUCCAUGGAGGACAUCAGCAAGAGACUCUCUCUACCCAUGGAUAUCCGGCUGCCCCAGGAAUUCCUGCAGAAGCUACAGCUGGAGAGCCCAGACCUGCCCAAACCCCUCAGCCGCAUGUCCCGCCGUGCCUCCCUGUCAGAUAUCGGCUUUGGAAAACUGGAAACAUACGUGAAACUGGACAAACUGGGGGAGGGUACCUAUGCCACAGUCUUCAAGGGGCGCAGCAAACUGACAGAGAACCUGGUGGCCCUGAAGGAGAUCCGGCUGGAACAUGAGGAGGGGGCGCCCUGCACUGCCAUCCGAGAGGUGUCUCUGCUGAAGAACCUGAAGCACGCCAAUAUCGUGACCCUGCAUGACCUCAUCCACACAGAUCGGUCCCUCACCCUGGUGUUUGAAUACCUGGACAGUGACCUGAAGCAGUAUUUGGACCACUGUGGAAACCUCAUGAACAUGUACAACGUCAAGAUUUUCAUGUUCCAGCUGCUCCGAGGCCUGGCCUACUGCCACCACCGAAAAAUCCUGCAUCGGGACCUGAAGCCACAGAACCUGCUCAUCAAUGAGAGAGGCGAGCUGAAGCUGGCUGACUUUGGAUUGGCCCGGGCCAAGUCAGUGCCUACAAAGACCUACUCCAAUGAGGUGGUGACCUUGUGGUACAGGCCCCCUGAGGUGCUGCUGGGAUCCACAGAGUAUUCCACCCCCAUCGAUAUGUGGGGUGUGGGCUGCAUCCACUACGAGAUGGCCACAGGGAGGCCCCUCUUCCCAGGCUCCACCGUCAAGGAGGAGCUGCACCUCAUCUUUCGCCUCCUAGGGACCCCUACGGAAGAGACGUGGCCAGGUGUGACAGCCCUCUCAGAGUUCCAAGCCUACAACUUUCCGCGGUACCUGCCACAGCCUCUGCUCAGCCAUGCUCCCAGGUUGGAUACAGAUGGCAUUAACCUCCUGACCAGCCUCCUCCUGUAUGAAUCCAAGAGUCGUAUGUCAGCAGAGGCGGCCCUGAGUCAUCCCUACUUCCGGUCUCUGGGAGAAUGUGUGCACCAGCUUGAAGACACUGCCUCCAUCUUCUCCCUGAAGGAGAUCCAGCUCCAGAAAGACCCAGGCUACCGUGGCUUGGCCUUCCAGCAGCCAGGUAGGCCUUGUGCCUCCCCCACUCCUCUUGAAGAGGAGGCCAGGACGAGGUAAGAGCCGUCGGCAGAGCAUCUUCUGAGACAUGCCCACCCUGCUGUGGCUCAAAGGACCAGAGAUCACAUGGAACACAAAUCUGGGUAGAACGGGGCCUGUAUGGCCAUUGGAGGACUGAGGAAUCUGGGCCGAUGGCCAGCCUGGAGAACCACUUGGCAGCCAUGCUGGUCGCAGCUGUUUCCUCUCCCUGCUUCCCACACACCUCCCUGAUGGCCUUUGCCUGCAUACUGACCUCUCCAUCACCCACCAUGUGGCUGGGCAUGAGCUGCUUCCCUGAGAGGUGAGAGUACAGAGAAGGACCUUGGACACUUUCCCAGCCUGAAGUGCUUGGACACCAGCACAGGGCCCUCCUGGACAGAGGAAUCCAGACACCAGGCUAAUCACCAGGCCUGGACAUGGGCUCUUACCUUGCCUCUCCUGGGGCCGGCCUGCCUGCCUCACUAGGACAUGGCAGACUCCCUUUCUGACUCCUGGACCCCAUACAUAUUUCACCUACUUCCCUUCUGAGAGCAAGAAGGAAUAUGGCACCUUGUCCGGACCCUGGAAUCCUGGGUGUCCACACCUGUGCCAAAGGCCACUCCUCUACCCUGGAGCAGCAGAGGAAAGAGUAGCCUGUCUUCUCACCAUCCCCACCCUGUUCUCAUCCCCUCCUCGCCUGAAGCCCUGUGUGCCCUCAGGCUGAACCAAGGCUGAGCAGCACCAAUGUGCCAGAUGCCCAGCUGUAUUGGAGGUGGUCUGGCGCUGCCAGCUGCACUCCUGCCACCUCAGCCAGCCCCCGCCCAUCUCCCAGUCUGGAUGGAGUUGCCUUAAAUUGGCAGGUGGUAGAAUGUGCCCCGCCCUUGGAGCACUGACACAGCUCCUACCUAUGCCCCCCUUCCCAAGAGCUGUUCCUUCAGAUCUUAUCACCCCUGACGGCUGAUAAGUUGGCCCUAGCUCGGGGUCCUGAGAAUAGCACCCAGAUAUGUAGGGUCACCCUGACAACAGGUGCCAGACUGACCUCAGCUCCUUCCCAGCUCUGUGGCUCUGUCCACCUGACCCUGGCUCCAGCCUCUGCAGACAGUAGCCAUAAGAAGAAGUGGUAUAAAUGCCACAGUGUGAACUGGAGAACGUGGGAUGGGAGAAAGUUUGAUCCUGGUAGCCCCACUCUGGAAGCUGGGAGCUUCUGGAGAAGACACCCCUCUUGUAUUCCCAAGGUCUCAUUAACACUUGGCUGAAUCUUGAAGGACAGAGGCCAAGGGGAGGCCAGGUCCUGGCUUUCUCCACAAGCCCCCUGUCCAGCCCAACCCCCUCA